AUGCUUACGAAGACGCAGUCGCUGGCUGAGACACAAAACGGUCAUGGCAAGCCAGCGUUUAGUCGACACCCUCCGUUACCUCUCACAAACACUCACUGUCAAUCAGUACAAUGCAGCUCCAAUGAAGUUCCAACACAUGCACAUCAGUACAAUGCAGGUCCAACACAUGCACAUCAGUACAAUGCAGGUCCAACACAUGCACAUCAGUACAAUGCAGGUCCAACACAUGCACAUCAGUACAAUGCAGGUCCAACACAUGCACAUCAGUACAAUGCAGGUCCAACACAUGCACAUCAGUACAAUGCAGGUCCAACACAUGCACAUCAGUACAAUGCAGGUCCAACACAUGCACAUCAGUACAAUGCAGCUCCAACACAUGCACAUCAGUACAAUGCAGGUCCAACACAUGCACAUCAGUACAAUGCAGCUCCAACACAUGCACAUCAGUACAAUGCAGGUCCAACACAUGCACAUCAGUACAAUGCAGGUCCAACACAUGCACAUCAGUACAAUGCAGGUCCAACACAUGCACAUCAGUACAAUGCAGCUCCAACAUAUGCACAUCAGUACAAUGCAGGUCCAACACAUGCACAUCAGUACAAUGCAGGUCCAACACAUGCACAUCAGUACAAUGCAGGUCCAACACAUGCACAUCAGUACAAUGCAGGUCCAACACAUGCACAUCAGUACAAUGCAGGUCCAACACAUGCACAUCAGUACAAUGCAGGUCCAACACAUGCACAUCAGUACAAUGCAGCUCCAACACAUGCACAUCAGUACAAUGCAGGUCCAACACAUGCACAUCAGUACAAUGCAGCUCCAACACAUGCACAUCAGUACAAUGCAGGUCCAACACAUGCACAUCAGUACAAUGCAGGUCCAACACAUGCACAUCAGUACAAUGCAGCUCCAACACAUGCACAUCAGUACAAUGCAGGUCCAACACAUGCACAUCAGUACAAUGCAGCUCCAACACAUGCACAUCAGUACAAUGCAGGUCCAACACAUGCACAUCAGUACAAUGCAGGUCCAACACAUGCACAUCAGUACAAUGCAGCUCCAACACAUGCACAUCAGUACAAUGCAGGUCCAACACAUGCACAUCAGUACAAUGCAGGUCCAACACAUGCACAUCAGUACAAUGCAGGUCCAACACAUGCACAUCAGUACAAUGCAGGUCCAACACAUGCACAUCAGUACAAUGCAGGUCCAACACAUGCACAUCAGUACAAUGCAGGUCCAACACAUGCACAUCAGUACAAUGCAGGUCCAACACAUGCACAUCAGUACAAUGCAGGUCCAACACAUGCACAUCAGUACAAUGCAGGUCCAACACAUGCACAUCAGUACAAUGCAGGUCCAACACAUGCACAUCAGUACAAUGCAGGUCCAACACAUGCACAUCAGUACAAUGCAGGUCCAACACAUGCACAUCAGUACAAUGCAGGUCCAACACAUGCACAUCAGUACAAUGCAGGUCCAACACAUGCACAUCAGUACAAUGCAGCUCCAACACAUGCACAUCAGUACAAUGCAGGUCCAACACAUGCACAUCAGUACAAUGCAGGUCCAACACAUGCACAUCAGUACAAUGCAGCUCCAACACAUGCACAUCAGUACAAUGCAGGUCCAACACAUGCACAUCAGUACAAUGCAGGUCCAACACAUGCAAAGUAA